GGCGGAGGGUAGCUUUGCGCCGCACAUCCCCAACCUUUGACCCGGCAGCGCGCCCACGUGACAACUCCUUGCCUGCUCAUUUAGUCUCCCCCAGCACGCCCAUGUCAUUUUUGAGCGUAGUUCGGGGGUUGGGUCCUAACGUCACAACUCAUUUCCGGAAAAGAGGAAGGUGCUUGAAGCCUCUUCCGCGUGAGCUGACGUCGUCCUCCGGCGACCCAGCCUGGCUGGGAGUCCUGGGGUCGGAGAGGGGGCGGCGUGACGUCAUCUCCCGGGGACCGGGGGCCAUGGAGCGGCGCCGCCGUCGCCUCCUUGCCGACGCCUUCGGGGCCCACAAGCGGCGGCGGCGGCGGCAAGAGCCCGAGCCCGAGGGCCGUGAGGCAGUGGAGGGGGCGCUGCACUCCUUGGCUGCGCUCUUCCCCCGGGGGCUGUUCGAUGACGCGCUGCCCCCCCUUGUGCUGCGCCACCAGCUCUACAGCCUGGUGCCUGCUCGCACAGCUGUGGACCAGCACCUGAACAGCAUGAAGGAGGAGGGCCUGGUCCGCCUCUUCCAGCUCGGCUUUGACACUGAUGCCUUCGGGGUAGUCUUCACUGAGGACUACAAGGCCAAGGUGGUGGAGGCGGUGGCGGGAAAGGAGUCAGAGGCGCUGGUGCGACGCUUCCUGGACUCGGUGCUCACACCCUGUGCUGACAUUAGUUAUGACAUGGUGAGGAUGAUGCAGGACUUCGGUUUCCGGGACGCCGACAUCACGCAGUUGGUGGGCGCUGGAGUGCUGACGGUGCGAGACGCCGGGAGCUGGUGGCUGGCCGUGCCGGGUGCUGGACGCUUCAUGAAGGCCUUCCUGCGAGGGCGCAAGGCCGUGCUGGCCCUGAUCCAGAAGGCUCGGUACCGCGAGGUGCUGCUGGCGGAGCUGCAGACCCGGCGCCCGCCCCGUGCUGUCCGCCUGGGGCUGCCCUACCACAUCCACGACCUCAUCGGGGCCCAGCUGGUCCGUUGGUGAGGGACCCAGCAUCCCCAGUACCUCCGGGACUCUGCUCCGACUAGCUGACACAUGACCCUGGACUCUGUCCUGUUUUGCAGGACCUGCCUUUCCCGGGCUGCCCUCUGGGGGGGUGCAGUGGCCCUGGGACUGACUUAUUUAUUUAUUUAUUGGAUGAACUUGCGCCCCCCAAGGGGGCACCUGGGGGUUGGGGAUCUGCACCCCCCCAGUGCCCGGGCGGGGGUCUGUGUGCUAUGCUGUCUCCAGCGCCAGCCGCAGGGGGGCUCUGGUGAUAGAGGUUGGCGGGAAGGGGUAUUGGGCUGGAUGGGAGGAGGGAGAAGGAAUAAAGGGCUGUUUCCUGGU